AUGGCUGCUUCUCCGACCGACAUCCCCACCAGUCCCAGCAAUGGCGACCCGCCUCUUCUCCCAGGGCCGACCGACCACCUGCGCCUCUUCAUCAGUCAGCCCGUAGUGGCCGCGUUCUGCGCCGGCGGUGUUGCAGGCGCCGUAUCCCGUACUGUUGUCUCCCCGUUGGAGCGACUCAAGAUCUUGUUCCAGAUCCAGUCGGCUGGUCGUGAAGAGUACAAGCUGUCUGUGAGCAAGGCCCUUAGAAAGAUGUGGCAAGAGGAAGGAUGGCGUGGGUUCAUGCGCGGUAAUGGUACCAACUGUAUUCGCAUCGUGCCCUAUUCGGCAGUCCAGUUCGGCAGCUACAACUUCUACAAGCGCAGCGUCUUUGAGGCCUACCCCGGCGCCGACCUGUCGCCCUUCAUGCGCCUCACCUGUGGUGGACUGGCAGGUGUAACCUCGGUCACCUUCACCUAUCCCCUCGACAUUGUGCGAACCAGGCUGUCUAUCCAGUCUGCGAGCUUCGCCGCCCUGGGUGAAAAGCCUAAAGCACUGCCAGGCAUGUGGGCAACUUUGGUGGGCAUGUACAAGAAUGAGGGUGGACUCCUGGCGCUCUACAGAGGCAUCGUUCCGACUGUUGCAGGCGUCGCACCAUAUGUCGGCCUGAACUUCAUGGUGUACGAGCACGUGCGAAAGUACCUGACGCCCGAGGGCGACAAGAACCCGAGCGCAUGGCGCAAGCUGCUUGCCGGUGCAGUGUCUGGUGCUGUGGCCCAGACUUGCACGUACCCUUUCGAUGUCUUGCGCCGCCGAUUUCAAAUCAACACCAUGGACGGCCUGGGCUACAAGUACAAGUCUAUCGGUGAUGCCAUGACCAAGAUCAUUGCCCAGGAGGGAGUCAAGGGACUCUACAAGGGCAUAGUACCCAACCUGUUGAAGGUCGCUCCCAGCAUGGCAUCGAGCUGGCUCAGCUUCGAGAUGACGCGCGACUUCCUCGUGACCCUGGCCCCCCAAGAGCGCGUCCUAUGA